AUGCAUGAGUUGAGAAACUUCUCUGAUGAUGAGCAACGUUUGCUCCCCGCCGACGACUAUGCCUUCCCACAGAAGCAGUCGCAUGCCACCACUCGCCCACUUCCCACCGGGCAUGGAGCCGUGCAGGUGACAUCCCCAGGCCGUCGAUACUGGUUCCGAUCACUGGUGUUGAUCUUGUGUCCCUUGGUCAUCGUGGGAUAUUUUGUUGUCAUCUGCUACUGGCUCAAUCCCGAAGGCGGUGACAGCGCUGUAAAUUUUGGCAGACAUGGAGGAAGAUGGGUUUUCUACUCUUGGUUUUUUAUCGGCGUCAUCGGACUGGAUCUCUCGCGGUAUGGCCUCCUCGGAGCUGAAGCAGCAAUGCUUGAGCGGACACCCUGGGAAGUUCCCAACCUCGUCGCCCUCCUUCAGCAUAGCAACAACACUUGGAGCUCUCCUUCAGGAUGGGGUCGAUUUUUUGCGAGGCUGUUCCUCCGCAAGAGGCGAGACACACAUCGCCUAUGGAUCAUCCUUGCUUCUCUGAGCAUUGUCUUUUUCGUUGCCUUGCCCAUCUCUGGUCUUGCAAUCGAGCAAGCCGACGGUUACACCUACACAUCCGGAAGACCUACAGUGGUCGGUCGCCAAUGGAAAGACUUUCACAGCCGAGACAAGGCGCACUACUAUCCAAACGCGAAAACCAUCUGGGAGAGCGGGUCUCCUCCCAGUCUGCCCGGCUUCGGUGUCCUUUAUACUCAAAAGGGCCUUGACCGGGAAGAGUAUAGUGGUCUCGAAAAGGUCCCCAACACUCUCCCCCUUAACGAAAGCAUGCCUGAAAUGUUUCUUGCACCUCAGGCCGAGAAUCCUGUGGGAGACAAGGCCUGGGGUCUGAGAGCAAGCUAUCGUUGCGAGAUCAUUGACAAUGUCGACGAUUUCGUCCUCCUCAACCCGAAAGUCACGCCCGACGCCUGGAAGGAUUGGCGAGCACAUCCAGUCUCAGAAACAGGCUACUCUGAAGUUACCCAACGGGGUCGCGGCAUCUUUGAUUAUUUCGAAAGGGCCGGCAACAUUUUGGCCUAUGGUCAAGUCGCGUUUGGUCAGAGAUGGUCAACCUACAAUGGAAGCGAGGCGGACGACUACAAACCGGAUGACUUGGACAAGGGAGAUCUCCUGGAGUAUGCUCUUUGGCAAUAUCGUAUCCCAACCUCGUACGAGGAAAUCGAGGAUUUUUCCAAUGACCUUGAUCCCAUUGUCAAAGGCCUGGAUGGCAAUCCUCUUGUCAAGGCACAAAAUGGUUCUCUAAUCCCAAAUACGACAUUUUUCGGUGCACUUUCCAAGAUUCAAAACAACAUGUCCGACACGAAGAGCCUUUUUAACGACCGCGGGCCCCCCGGCCUUAACAAAAGUUUAUAUUUCGACAUCAUCGAAUCUGCUGCAGCCAUUGGCGUCCAAUGCCGGAUGAUGUCCACUCUCGGGUACGCCAUCUUGGACCCAUGGGGAUCUACCUUUGACUCUUUUGAGCCUAUGAGUGACCCCCUCUUCAACGUGAACAUUACUGAAAGCCGCAUGCCGGCACUCGGUGCCAUGGCCGCCACUACACUGCACAGAGGACAAUACAGCAAGAUCUUUUCUUCCCUUAACCACCCUGCAGCGAUCAUACAGUCAAAUUCCCAUGCUUAUGAUGGGUAUAUCAAGCCCAUGGAUCUAAAGAGGACUGUCAUGCGGGCGUAUGCCAUGGAUUUGCUACAGCUCAUGUAUGACGGCAAGUAUGGCUUCGAAGGCGGCUGGUUACACCCGAACCUUACCGCGACGGAAGAGUCAAAGGUACUCACGCCAGGUGAAUUCCCGAUCCUGGUGCCUAUUCUGAUGGCUAUGUUCGGUUACUGGGCCCUUGGGUGUCUGCUGUUGGGAAUAUUCUACGGGUUCAGGCGGCGGCAAAACGAGACGAUGGAUGGGUAUGCGUACUUCCGACUUUCUACGGACUUGGCGGAUGAUGUCAAGCCACUGGUGGGCGCAUUGAUGAAGAGCAAGCCUGAUGAGAUUGACGGCUUGUGGAAUGUUCCGGGGUCUAUUGUGCGCCGUAUGCGGUAA